AUGGUGUUGGUCAACCUAGAGACAUACUUUUGCACGUUGGUGGUUCUCAUAUCCAUACCAAUACUAGUGCUACUACUAAGGAUAAUACACACCCUCCCCAGCUUACAUCUCCCACCAUCAAUCAGAACCCAACCUCACGGCAAGCCGUUAUCGCAAUUGCCAGAUGGGUCGCGCAGAAUUGCCAUAUUCUUGGGCUCAGGAGGCCACACGGGGGAAAUGAUCAAGAUGAUCUCGAAACUCAGCUUGGCGCGCCUCGACCGGACCUGGAUCAUUUCAAAUGGCGACUCGUCGUCUUUGCAGCAGGCGAAAUUCAUCGAGCUGCAAGUUUAUCGCGCCCACCAAGGUGGCACGAACGUGAUGUAUAAAAGAAUACCGCGUGCCAGGAACGUGGGCCAAUCUUACUUUAAAUCUGUUUUCACUACGGUGUACUCAUUUGCUGUUAGUUCCAUUACGUUGUUGUUCAAUCGACCCGAUAUCUUGCUUUUGAACGGACCGGGAACGUGCGUCCCCAUCGCGUACAUCUACUUCGUUUAUAAAGUGUUGGGGUUGAGUCUGACGAGGAUCAUCUACAUUGAGAGCCUUGCGAGAGUUGACAAGUUGAGUCUUAGUGGUAGACUCAUCUUGCCAAUUGCUGAUCGAUUUAUUGUUCAAUGGGAUCAACUUUAUCAACAGUACAACAGAGCUGAAUACUACGGUAUAUUGAUCUAG